AUGGGAGGGAGGGAGGGAUGACGAGAUGGCGAGGGAGGGAGGGACUAUGGUGAGAUGAGGGAGGGAGGGAUGUACUAUGGAAGAUGAGGGGGGGGCGGAGGAGGAGAAGUACAAGAAGUAACAAAAGAAGAAGAUGACGAGAGUAGGGGGAAGGAGGAAGGUUUUUUUUUACCUACCGCGUCUCACGCGACCUACCAAACGAUGGACAAGAUGGCGGCGGCGGCAGGGCGGUAUGUUGUGGUGGCGGGGUAUGGCGGUGGGCUGUGGCGGCGGUCCUACAAGAAGAAGAAGAAGAAGAAGAAGAAGAAGAAGAAGGCAGGGCGGUAUGGUAUGGUGGCGGGGUAUGGUGGCGGGCUGUGGCGGCGGUCCUACAAGAAGAAGAAAAAGAAGAAGAAGAAGAAGAAGACGAAGAAGAAGAAGAUGGCGGCGGCGGGAGGGCGGUAUGGUAUGGUAGCGGGGUAUGGCGGCGGGCUGUGGCGGAGUGAUUCGAGAGAUGGUGGCAUCGUUGUCGGCAUCUGUUCCCGGUGUCCAGCCGUCCUCGCCAGAGGGAAAGAGAAGGACAUAGUGCUAAGGAUCAAAGCCGCGGUUGGUGUCAGCGAUUGGAAAAUGCCACCGUGGCGGCGGCAUAUGAUGAUUUCGCGGUUCAUGGGUUCGUCGGUCAUAAACAAGCAGAGUUCACAGAGCCCUUCAGGUCGGUUGUACCGUCUUUCAUGUUCAUCAGGUGGACGAACAUCAGGAUUGUUAACAAUGUGACAAUUUUGUAUGAGGUCAUUGGGAAGUUCAGAGACGGUUAUAAAAUCACGAACCCAAACGUUACAGCAACAAAGCAACCGAUGGAGU